CCGACCAGUAGCUUCAACAUAGCUCUUCCCUACCAUGGUUCUCUAUAAAUUGGCUUCUCUCCACCCUCAAAACCAGAACCAUCGUAGCAGACAAAAGCUAUUCAAUUCAACAACAGAUCGAGGUUGGUGUUUCUUUCUCUCUUUGUGAGCUUUCCAACUUUCUUCUAUGGCUCCUAGCUUAACUAAAGGUAACUCAGACCUUCUUAGUCUCAUCGACGACCAACCAACGUCGCCGAUUAGCUUAGAACAAUCAACCUUUAUGGCCAACGGCCACCCAUUCCUCUCCGAAGUCCCUUCCAACAUCGUAGCUACUCCGACCACCUUUGUGUCCAUAGAUAAGACCACGGCCACCAGCACCGACGGUUGCUACGUAGGCUUCGACGUCAACGAGCCCAAGAGCCGGCACGUCGUGUCGAUAGGGAAGCUGAGAGGAAUCCCUUUCAUGAGCAUAUUCAGAUUCAAGGUCUGGUGGACAACACAUUGGGUUGGAGACAAGGGGAGUGAUGUUGAGCACGAGACCCAGAUCAUGAUCCUCGACCGGUCUGACUCCGGUCGACCCUAUGUCCUCCUCCUCCCUCUUAUUGAAGGUUCCUUCCGUGCUUCUCUCCAACCGGGUGAACAUGACCACAUCGACUUGUGUGUGGAGAGCGGUUCGACUCGGGUUACUGAGUCGAGCUUCAGAAGCUCUCUGUACAUGCAUGUUGGAGACGAUCCUUUUAAUCUGGUGAAGGAAGCAAUGAAGGUAGUGAGGGUUCAUCUGGGGACUUUUAAGCUUCUGGAAGAGAAGACUCCCCCAGGCAUAGUAGACAAAUUCGGGUGGUGUACGUGGGACGCAUUUUACCUAACGGUCCACCCGGAUGGAGUUUGGGAAGGAGUGAAGGGUCUGGUCGAAGGUGGUUGCCCUCCCGGUCUAGUUCUUAUUGAUGAUGGGUGGCAGUCUAUAUGUCACGACGAAGAUGAUCCCGAUAUGAUAGAGAAAGGGAUGACAAUGACGUCAGCAGGAGAGCAAAUGCCAUGUAGGCUCAUUCGAUUCGAGGAGAAUCACAAGUUCAGAGACUACAAGAGUAAGAUGAUGGUGGCGGAUACAAAUGGAGAUACUACUGAAGGUAGGGGCAAAAAGGGAAUGGGUGACUUCGUGAAGGACCUGAAGGAGUCAUUCAAGAGUGUGGACUACGUGUAUGUAUGGCACGCGUUUUGUGGGUACUGGGGUGGGCUUAGGCCCAAUGUCCCUGGAAUGCCCGAGUCCAGGAUCAUAUCCCCGAAGCUGUCUCCGGGCCUACAGAUGACCAUGGAAGAUCUGGCCGUUGACAAGAUCGUGAACAACGGUGUAGGAUUGGUUCCACCAGAGAAGGCCCACCAGAUGUACGAGGGCCUCCACUCUCAUCUUGCUUCCGUUGGGAUUGACGGGGUCAAGGUGGAUGUCAUCCAUUUACUGGAGAUGUUGUCCGAAGACUAUGGUGGGAGGGUGGAUUUAGCCAAAGCUUAUUUCAAGGCGAUAACAGCUUCGGUGAAGAAACAUUUCAAAGGAAAUGGUGUCAUCGCUAGUAUGGAGCACUGCAACGAUUUCAUGUUCCUAGGAACCGAGGCCAUCACACUUGGUCGUGUCGGGGAUGACUUCUGGUGCACGGAUCCAUCUGGUGAUCCAAACGGGACCUACUGGCUUCAAGGGUGUCACAUGGUGCACUGUGCGUAUAAUAGCUUGUGGAUGGGGAACUUCAUACACCCUGACUGGGACAUGUUUCAGACUACUCACCCUUGUGCACAAUUUCAUGCUGCCUCUAGGGCCAUCUCCGGUGGACCGAUCUAUGUGAGCGACGCGGUCGGGAAACACGAUUUCCGGUUACUCAAGACCAUUGUCUUGCCCGACGGCAAUAUCCUCCGGUGCGAAUAUUAUGCCCUUCCAACCCGGGAUUGUCUUUUUGAGGAUCCAUUGCAUGAUGGGAAGACCAUGCUCAAGAUUUGGAACCUCAACAAGUUCACUGGAGUCAUCGGAGCAUUCAACUGCCAAGGUGGAGGAUGGUGUCGUCAAGAACGGAAGAACAAAUGUCACCUAGAGUAUUCAACGGUCAUCACAUCGACGACGAAUCCGAAAGAUAUAGAGUGGAAAAAUGGGGAAAAUCCGAUUCCCAUUGAAGGAGUAGAAAUGUUUGGUGUGUACAUGUUCCAAGCAAAGAAGCUUUUGCUAUUGAAGCCAAAUGAGAACAUAGAGAUCUCAUUAGAACCAUUCAAAUUCGAACUGCUUACGGUUUCUCCAGUGAAGGUGAUGAAAACAAUCCGAUUUGCUCCGAUUGGAUUAGUGAACAUGCUUAAUUCUGGUGGUGCAAUCCAAACAUUGGUGUUCGAUGAAGAAAGGAGUUUGGUUCAGGUCGGGGUUCGUGGAUCUGGAGAAAUGAGGGUGUUUGCUUCUGAGAAACCGAAAGGUUGUAGGAUCGAGGGGAAAAAGGUGGAGUUUGGAUACGAGGAUAGCAUGGCUCUGGUACAAGUUCCAUGGCCUAAUUCCUCCAAUUCGUCUGUAAUUGAGUACUUAUUUUAACCUAGGAGAGGAUGAAUUCCUCAUCGUAUAGUAAUAAAGUGUGCACUGUAAUUUGUAUUUUCUCAUUGUCUUAACCAAUGGAAGUGCCGAAGGAAUGUUGUACAGAAUCUCUCUCUCAAUGAAAUUUAUUUGGGAAAAUUAUAUGAUUACUUAA